AGUGAAAGUAAAAGUGCCAUUGAUCAAGCAUUCCGAGAUCUACUGAAAGAAUUGAUCGUGCAAAAGCAAAAGGGCACCGAUGACAACCAGGUCAAAAUUGACGAUCUCACUUGGCUAAUUAAGAUAUCGACGAUAUGUGCCAAAUCAGGUUUAGCAUCAGUUUCCUUGCCAUUUAUUCUUUUAGUAGAUAUCUUCGAUUGUUUGACCCUUCGUGUAUGUCAACGCAUGUUUGGCUAUGUGGAGAAAGAAAUGCAAACCUGGAAAGAUACCGCUUUCGACGCCAUGGGUAAAGUAUAUAUCUUACGCAUGUGUAAUGAUCUCCUUCGACGGUUAUCGCGUUCCCAAGAUACCAUCUUUUGUGGCCAAAUUCGAUUAUUUCUCAGUCGUUAUUUUCCGCUCGAUGAACGCUCGGGCUUAAAUGUCAUGAGUCAUUUCAAUGUGGAUAAUGUGACGAGUUAUACAAAGCGUGACAUGGUUGACUCUCAGACAGCCUCCGCCGAAGGGGUGAUGGAUGUUGAAGACGGAGAAAUAAGUGAAGGGGAUGAUGACGAAAAAAAAGCCGAAAAAAAUAAAACACCCAUUGAUUACAAUCUCUACUAUCGUUUUUGGUCAUUGCAAGACUUUUUCAGUAAUCCUAAUUUAUGCUAUUCCAAUUCGGGUUGGAAUGCACUCACGACUAGUAGUCGUGUCGUUUUGGAUGUUUUCAAAAGCUACAAGCUAGAAGCUCUUACAAGUAAUAAAAGUACAAAAACAGACAACGAUAAUCCGUCCGAUCAGGAUGGGAUGGAAAUAUCGGACUCAUGUGACAAUGCUAUGGAUGUCUCCAAUCGCUAUUUUGCUAAAUUUUUAACCAAUGAAAAGCUAUUAGAUUUGCAGCUCAAUGAUAGCCAAUUUAGAAGAACAAUACUUAUACAAUUUCUAAUCUUGUUUCAAUAUUUGACCAGUACGGUCAAAUUUAGACCAACUAGCUGCACUAUUUCAGAAAGGCAGCAACAGUGGAUUGAAAGAUCAACCAAAUUGGUAUACCAACUUUUAGAAGAGACGCCUCCUGGAGGGAAACAAUUUGUAAAGUUAGUUCGUGAGAUAUUAUCGCGCGAAGAAUAUUGGAGUAAAUGGAAAAAUGAUGGCUGUCCUAGUUUUGUACGGCCAGGCGUUUCAACUGAAAGUAGCGAUAGCUCUUCCGCACCUCGUAAGAAACGUAAAAUUAGUAGGCAUUAUUCUCCUACUUCUCACAAGAUCGAGCUUGGAAAUCCGGAGCUAACACGAUUAUGGAAUUUAUCAACUGAUAAUUUAUCUGCAUGUAAAAUGAGUGGUGAAAAAUUUACGCCUACUAUCAAAGAUUUUUUCGAAGAAGCGAUAGAACAGUGCGAUCCAGAAGCUCAAGUAGAGGAAGAAUAUAAAUUAGUCAAUAACCUAGUUUUUCGCUGGCGUUCAUUUCGUAUCUUGGCUGUACAAAGUUCUAUCAUAUUUCCCACAAGUUCUUCUACUCCGUCUUCAACCACAAGUAAAGCAGACUUCCUAGCUGGUGCUCUAGCAGAAAUGGCUAAGGAA